ACCGUACGAGCGCGCGCGUGUGUGUGUGUGUGUGUGUUUUGUGUGCGCGUUCAUCUAUUCGUACAGUUGUGCUCUGUGAACGGAGGCCCUUGUGCGUGCGCCACAUUCUUCUCGUCGCCCGUCAGGGAAAAGGAAUAGAUUUUCUUUUUUCCGCGGCAUCUGCCCCUACGACUCGACGCGCUCGACGGUACUGCAAGCGGGUGACGCAAACCAUCCAGCCGCGGUAGAAGCAAAAGAGGAUUUGUCGCAGCCAAACCCUUCGAGUGGAGAGCGAAAAGUGCACCCCCUUCCCCUCCCCUCCCAGAGACCCGCAAGAGCACACGGGUUGAAGAAAAAAGCGGAAGAAGCGCACACAGCGGAGCAGGGAGCGAAGCAGAGAAGAAGAGAAAAAAAACCCCAGCCAGCCAUCAUUUGGGGCGAUACACGCGCGUCAGUGUGUGUGUGCGCGCGAGCGCGAGCUAGUGUGUGUGUGUGUUUGCUCCGUGUUUUUCUUCGCUCGAUUUUAACUACAGCGCAAACGGGCGAGAGACGACGUCGUCAAACCGCUGGGGCUUGUACGAUCGCAGUAGUCGCGGCAAUAACAGGAGAGCAGCCGCCCUUAAUAAGAGCAUCGGUCAGCGAGUUGCUGCUGCUGGCUGCUGUACUAGCGAAGUAAAGAGGAGCCUUGGCACCAAAGGCAGAAGGAGGAAACGUCCCAAGCCCAAGCCAAUUUUGAUUCCCGCAGUGUGAAAAAAAAAACGGUGCCCGGAAGGAAAGGUUUCCACAUCUUUCCCCAAAUACCACAUACAACACACACGCACACAUCCGUCGUCUGGAAAACGUCGUAGUCGUCGUCUUCAUCCCCGGUGUGUCUUCUACUCCCGCUCCCCCCCCCACUACCACACUCCAUCCACAACGUCAACUGUCCGUCAUCAUUGAGCGUAGCUGAGCAGCGCGAAUCGAUCCAAAAUGUCGGACGUAGAGUUAUCAAACAUAGACCACCUCAUUGCGAUGCUUUUAGAAGUUCGCGGUGCAAGGCCAGGGAAAAAUGUACAACUGUCGGAAACGGAUAUACGUCUGCUAUGCCUGAAGUCGAGGGAAAUCUUUCUCUCCCAACCGAUACUGCUCGAGCUGGAGGCACCGUUAAAAAUCUGCGGUGACAUCCAUGGUCAGUAUUAUGACUUGCUGCGUUUGUUCGAGUACGGCAGCUUCCCGCCAGAGUCGAACUAUCUGUUCCUGGGCGAUUACGUCGACCGGGGAAAGCAGUCGCUCGAGACGAUCUGCCUGCUGCUGGCGUACAAAAUCAAGUAUCCGGAGAACUUCUUCUUGCUGCGCGGCAAUCAUGAGUGCGCAAGUAUCAAUAGAAUAUACGGAUUCUACGAUGAGUGCAAGCGGCGCUACAACAUCAAGAUGUGGAAAACGUUCACCGACUGCUUCAACUGUCUGCCGGUGGCCGCGAUCGUGGAUGAGAAGAUUUUCUGCUGCCACGGCGGCCUCAGCCCGGACCUGCAGUCGAUGGAACAGAUCCGGCGCAUCAUGCGACCCACAGACGUGCCGGACCAGGGCCUGCUGUGCGAUCUGCUGUGGUCCGAUCCGGACAAGGACACGAACGGCUACGGCGAGAACGAUCGUGGCGUCAGCUUCACGUUCGGCGUGGAUAUCGUGGGCAAGUUUCUUACCAAGCAUGACUUUGAUCUAAUCUGUCGAGCGCAUCAGGUGGUUGAGGACGGGUACGAGUUCUUUGCCAAGCGGCAGCUAGUAACCCUCUUCUCUGCUCCCAACUAUUGUGGAGAGUUCGAUAAUGCCGGUGCAAUGAUGUCCGUCGACGAUACGUUGAUGUGCUCGUUCCAAAUCCUGAAGCCAGCCGAUAAACGUGGCUUUCAGAAGCUCAUCAAAAGCAGCAAAUUUUAGGCGGCAGCAUAUAAUGGUGCGGUGCGUGAGGAAGUAAACACAUAUCAUGCAAGACGCGGAUCAUCAUCAACAACUCCAUCGCCAAUCAUCAUCCCCAAACCUCCUCUGCACAUAGAAAAUGGAAAAAGCAAUGGACACACAGCACGAUGAACAAUCAGCAGCAGCAGCGGGCAGCAGUGUAUCGGGAGCAACAAAAGUCACGACAAAUUGGUGGGGGUAUGGUGUACCUUGUUUAGUUUGAGAGGCGAAAAGCCCUACUCUACUACCACCAGCCUCUCCUCCAUUGAAUAUCUUCCCGCCCGCGGAGCAGUGUGCUGGAGUCAAAUUGUGUGAUUCCUUUCGGUUGCGUUCGAAAAAUCAUCCCACACACACACACACACGGCACACCGACUCGAAAACACUUACCUACCCCACACAACCCACAUCGCAACCAAGAGAAGCAAGAAGCCGAGAAAGCUCUAUCGGAAUUUUGUGCCAAAUGAUAACAACGUGG